AUGGCCUCCCGACCUGCGUUUGCAGCUUUGGGCUGUCUCCAUUGUCGCAACACUGUGUUACGAGCCGUUACUUCCAGCUCAGCUACCUUUCUUCGAGCUCCCGCCAUCACAACUACCGCAAGCCUGCGACCUCGGAAACUGCAAAGAGCUUUCUCGAGCCUGCCCGAGGCACCCAAGACACCAGGCGAAGUUCCCGCCCAUGCAUCCGAAGCUGAAUCAAAGCUCGAGGAGCGCAUUGACGACCAACUUGUCAGCGAAAAAGAAGAAACACCAUGGUUCCUCGAGGUCGAGGCGCCUAUACACCCACCGAAAGAAGACGUGUCACCUCUACCCGAACUGCCGAGCAACCCACCUGCUAUCCUCGAGCCUCUAUUGAAAUAUGUCUACGAAGAAAUGGGACUCGAUGACCUUUCUCUCCUCGACCUGCGCGCCCUCGACCCGCCACCUGCUCUGGGACCCAACCUUCUCAUGCUCUUUGCAACGUCGCGAAGCGAGCGGCACUUGCACGUCUCGGCUUCCCGGCUAGUGAAGUGGCUCCGUUUUCACCACAAGAUCGAGGCAAACGCGGAUGGACUGAUUGGCCCGGGCGAACUCAAGACAAAGCUACGAAGGAUGAGGAGGAAGGCAAAGCUACUUGGCUCAAGCGCCAUGGUUGCAAAGGGCGGCGACGAUGGAAUCUCGACUGGAUGGAUCUGCGUCAACCUCGGUACCAGCGGAUCCACCUACAGUGAGGGCGAACGCUUCGAUUCACAAGGCAAGAUGUCUGGCUUUGGUGGACCAGCCACUGGAUCAACCAUUGUUGUCCAGGUCAUGACCGAGUCUCGGCGUAACGAACUAGACCUCGAACGGCUAUGGAGCCAGCAGCUCGUACGAAGCGAAGCUCAAGAACGUAAACUGGCCGACGAAGACUCUUCCUAUCACAACCGAUACGGUGAUCUGCCGACGACCACGAUCCGAGCGCGGAAACCCAACUACGCAAACACGCCGCAGAGGAGAAACUUCUCCACAAGUCUCUCUCGGCCUUCGACAGACACCGAGCAGGCGGCUGUGGGCGCAAAAGACGCAGGUAUUACUCCUUCAGCAACUUCGAGCCCUGUCACAGAUCCGCUGAACAAAUAUCGCCAGCGAAUUGAGAAAAUACGGUCGGAGGGAGAGCAAGUGAAGGCCGAGGACUGUCUGGAUCUCUUGAGGGGCAUUUUUCAGGCGCCUACAGCGAAGGAGGAUCAGGGCCAAGACCAGGCUGACCUCGCCACCAAGGUCAUUGAGACGAUGCACCAACGGCAAAUGCCAGUCAUGGACCACGAAAUGCUCACGACAAUUAUUGAGGCGAUCGCAACAUCACCUGCGCGAGGCGGACCUGAGCAAGGAAAGUUGCGUGGCAUUCAAAGUAACUUGGAGUUUGUGAUGCUCAAGGGCAUGCAAUCUUGUCCCUCGGAAGCGCAACUCGUACGUCUUCUCAGAGCAUACGCCAUUCAGCGGAACAUGGAUCAAUUUUGGGAGGUUUGGAGUCUUCCCCCACGAUACAGCGAACGCAGAGGGUCAGCAUUAUACCGGGAAGUGUUUCACAUCUUUGCGCGCAUCAACAGGAGGUCUCUGAGCAUCGACGCCCUCCGGAGAUGUGUACCCGAGAUGGUUCUUGAGCAGCCCCCAGUGCUGCCAGACGAGACGAUCUGGCCCGACAUCAAGGCUUGCAUCCGUGUCGCCGAUCCUAAUGCGGAACAUAUUAGCGCCCACAUGGUAUCCGGCAGUAAAGUGGCCAGCGAUGGCAAGAAGACUGUCGAGUUGGAGUUUGUCAAGAUGUUUAAGGAGCUCGAGGCGUUGCGAAGGAACGCUUGA